AUGGCGCCCGCGCAGUCGAAGCUAGCGCAGCAAUCAGCGUUGACGGGUCUGCGAGCGAAAGGCGGAGCGGCGGUCUUUGCGGCUCUCGUUGCGCUCGUCUACCUCCGGAGGAAAGUCGUGCAGGCGGCGGCAGAAGCGGCUGAGAAGCGGAAUCGGCAAAUGUUGACGACGCCGCAGAUCGAGCUAGCGCAGAGGGACCUCUACAACCCACUACCCGGCGGCGCCCGCGAACUCCUUGUUCCCGCGCGAGGACGAGUGUCGAAGGUCCUCAUCAAGCCUACCAAAGCGACGACGUUUGCACGCCACCGCCCCCUCUUCCGCAAACCUCCUCCCGCACCUCGCUCCGCUUCGUCCACCGCACCGCCCAGCGCAGGCGCAGCCGCCCAGCGAGUCGGCGUCAACAAGGAGUUCUUCCGACAGCUUUCGGCCAUCUUCCGGAUCAUCAUUCCGCAUGCGACGAGUAAGGAGGUGUGGCUCGUCGGCGCGCAUACGGCUUUCCUGCUCUUGCGGACGUACCUCAGUCUGCUUGUCGCGCAACUCGACGGAAAGCUCGUCGGCGACCUCGUCUCGGCGAACGGCAAAGGUUUCCUCCGCGGCCUCUGCUACUGGUUCCUCCUCGCGAUCCCCUCAGUCUACACCAACGCCAUGAUCCGCUUCCUCCAGUCGAAACUCUCCAUCUCGUUCCGCACCCGCCUCACGCGCUACGUGCAUGACUUGUACCUCGACAAGAACGCGACGUUCUAUAAAGUCGUCAACCUUGAUUCGAGGAUUGGAGCAAGCGGAGCGGACCAGUUUGUCACGACCGACAUCAACCGAUUCUGCGAGACCCUCAGCGCUCUCUACUCGAACGUCUCCAAGCCCACCCUCGACCUCAUCCUCUUCAACAUCCAACUCGGCCGCUCAAUCGGCGGACGCGGCUCAGUCGGACUCUUCCUCUCCUACCUCGCGACCGCCUGGAUCCUCCGCAAAGUCACGCCUGCAUUCGGAAAACUCGCUGCGAUUGAGGCGAAGCUCGAGGGAGACUUCCGUGCGGCGCAUGCGAGGUUGAUCAUCAAUUCGGAGGAGGUUGCGUUCUACGACGGAGCGCCGAUCGAGAAGGACAUCUUGACGAAGGCGUACUUGCGGCUCAUCAAGCACGUCAACUCGAUCUACAAGAUGCGCAUCCUCUACGGCAUGACGGAGGACAUGGUCGUCAAGUACCUGUGGUCGGCAGCCGGCUAUUGCCUCAUCUCGAUCCCAGUCUUCUUCCCCAAGGCGCGCAAGUUGGCUGCGGCUGCGGCCGGUACGUCGGUCGAGACGAAGGACCCGGCGAAGCAGAAGGGCGGAGACGGUCUGUCGAUCUCGCAGCGAACCGAGAACUACAUCUCGAACCGACGCCUGCUCCUCUCGCUCGCUGACGCCGGCGGUCGCCUCAUGCUCUCCUGGAAAGACCUCUCCGAACUCGCCGGCUCGACUUCGCGCGUCUACACCCUCCUCUCGACCCUCCACGACCUCUCAACCUCGACCUACACCUCCCUCCCUCGUCCCGCCGACCUCGCCCCCAACGCUCCCUUCUACGACCUCGGCACCCUCAACGGCCGCUUCAUCACCGAUGCGCCGCCCGAGGAAGGCGUCACCCUUGACAAGGUUCCCAUCGUCGCGCCUGCACCUGGCGUCGCGCGUGGAGGAGAAGAGCUUGUGCACCAAUUGUCGGUUAGGGUCAAGCCCGGCGAGCAUCUGCUCAUCACGGGCGGGAACGGGACGGGAAAGACGGCCAUUGCGCGUGUCCUCGCUGGUCUCUGGCCUGUCUGGGACGGCGUCGUCGUUCGUCCGGACGACACCAAGAUCAUGUUCCUCCCGCAGCGUCCGUACCUCAGCAGCGGUAGCCUGCGCGACCAGAUCAUCUACCCUCACUCGUAUCCGGACUUCGUCAAGUCUGGCAAGACCGACGAGGACUUGAUGGAGAUCCUUCGCAAGGUCCACCUCUCGUACCUGCCGAGCCGCGAAGGAGGCUACGAUGUCCGCAAGGAAUGGAAGGACAUCCUGUCCGGCGGUGAGAAGCAGAGGAUGGGCAUGGCUCGCCUGUUCUACCACCUCCCUAAGUACGGCGUACUCGACGAGUGCACCUCGGCUGUCUCGACGGACGUCGAAGGCUCGAUGUACCAGCACGCAAAGGAUGUCGGCAUCACCCUCAUGACCAUCUCGCACCGGCCGAGUCUCUUCAAGCACCACAUGUACCUCCUCCGCUUGACGGGCCACGAAGGCCAAUGGGAGAUGACGCAGAUUGGCGAGGCAGAGCAGUCUCUCUCGUUCCAGAAGGAGAUCGAGUCGCUCCAAGCCAAGCUCGCCGAGGUCGAGACGUGGAAGAACCGACUCAGCACGAUCGACGCCGAGCUGCACUUCAAGGAGACCUAA